AUGUAUAAAUAUAGGCUACUAGCUUUAUGAGAAAUAACAUUGGGUUAAGUCACUUGUAAGACUGUUUUGUUAUAGGAAUGGCAAGCACUCUCACUCCUCUACUUGUAGUACUCUUGUUGGUAUUCUCCUCCCAUGUCUGCUUGAAUGCUGUCCCAGUCACAAGAAUUGGAAGCCUAUUGCAUGGACCUCAAGUUCAUCAAGUUUCAGAGAAUACCCUCAUGUUAGCUACCGAGGAAAAUUUGGAGGAACCAAACAUUUCAGGAAGAAUGGAUCUUGAACUACAUGAUUACCCGGGAUCAGGGGCCAAUAAUCGCCACACUCCAAGGCCACCACAAUUUGGGAAAGUCUGUGUUGAUUGUUAGUCGCUCUAGGUAGUAGGUGGGUUACUUAUACUAUAUGUUUUCUGGGAUGGUUAGUAGAGAAUCUGUUUCCCAAUCACUCAUUUAGGUAGCCAAUAUCUUUAUUUACUUUGUUUUUGUAUGGAGUGGCGGGUACAAAUUAAGUUUAAUUUGGAUAGCAAAUAUGUAUGAUGAGAGAGAGAAAGAGAGGAAAAACUGGAGUAUAAUUCAUUUAUGUGAAGCAGAGAGCCUUUAAGCAAGAAGAUCUGCUUAGCUAUCUGUAUGAACUUGGAUUUUAAAGUAUUAGUUACCAACAAGUUUGAUA